UAAGGUUGAAAAGUCAAUAAAACAAAAAAGGAGCAUCCCGAUUGUUCUGCAUCAGUACAUCUCCUGCAAACGGUGCUAAAAAUAAGGCUGCCAUGAUUGAUAUGUGACACAGGCGAGUGAACAGCUGACAUGAACUCUCAGCAACAAACAAAGAGCAAAUAGUUGGCACAUUUACAGGCACUGAAGUGUCAUCCAGUUACCUUUUUUUCUGCCUAAGCUGCCUGUCAUCAUUAUGUGCUGGAACUGUGGCCCACAGGCUUUGCUUCUAUGUUUAGAGGCAGCUUUUAGUGCACAAAUCCAGAGACGCUGUCCACCCCAGACAGAAGGCAUGGAAGGAACGAAAGGUAGGUUUGUUUGACGUGAAUGUGAUUGCAGGUGGGAUGGAACGCAGCAGCGGUUCAGGCUCGGACCAUGAGUUGGGUAAUGACUUGAAGAUCAUCAUCGAUGACUGCGUCUUCACUGUGGACAAAACUGGCAUGGUCGAGAACUGUGAGUUUUUUAGAGCCUUGUUUCAGUCCGGGAUGCGGGAGUGCAGACAGCAGGAGAUCAAGCUGCAGGGUGUGGGAGCCCCUGGCUUCAUGGUUCUGCUGCAGGUACUGCGCUGUGAACGACCCAUGCUCUCCAGUGACCAGAUCACAGAAGCUAUCCAAUGCACAGCUUUUCUCCAGGCGCCUGCUCUCACCAAGCACUUGAUCAGUGUCAUCAACUCUGAAAACUGCUUACUUAUGUACCACACAUCUGCAGCCUAUGGCGUGUGGGAGCUGUUCCACCAGUCAGCUUUGUUCAUCAGAGACAUCCACUUUGACCUGAAGGAGGAUCUGCUCACCCUGCCCAGCCAGCUGCUUGAAUACGUUGAGUCUCUGCUUCCAAGCAGCUAUGUGGCUGUGUGCAGCCACUCCCCAUCCUCUGAGCUGCUUCCAGACAUCCAGAGGAACAUUUUUCAUCUGGACGAGGAGGAGGGAGAGUGGAAAGUCCUCACACAUCUCCCUCGCAGCACCAGCACCACAAUGGCUGGCAUGGCGGUUCUCAACAACAAGCUGUACAUUAUUGGAGGGGUGCAUGAUGUCAGUAAGAAGGUGCUUGAGCUCGGAUACUGUUACAACCCUGCAACCAAUUCAUGGUCCACCAUUCAUGGGCCCCAGCAGCUGCGCUACAAUCUCACCCUGAUCGGUCACGAGGGUUGCCUCUACGCUGUAGGAGGGGAGUACAACAAGACCCUCCUGUCUUCUGUGGAACGAUUCCGAGAGUGUGAGGGGAGCUGGAGUUUUGCCUCACCGCUGGAUUGCCCUGCUGCCUCUGUGCCGUAUGCCGUAGCCAUGACCCGGAUCUUCAUUUGUCUCUGGAGAGGGAAGGGGGCCACAGACAUCCUUGAGUAUGCACCUGAACUGAACCAUUGGCUGCUGGUCACUACACUCACCCACCAAAGCAGUUAUGGCCUUCACAUGGUGGCUCACAGGGAUAACUUGUUUGUGAUGCGAAACGGGCCCUGUGGAGACUUCCUAUUGUGCAUGAUGGAUUGCUACAACCUGAGCUCGGGGCAGUGGACGGCCCUGUCCGGUCAGUACAGCUCCCUCUUUACUGCAGUGAUCAGAGGAGACUCUGCCUUCACCCUCAGCAGACAUGUCACCACAGAGUACACUGUGGACGGAUGUAGGUGGAGGCAGAAGAGAACCAUGAAAUGUUUUGGCAGGAUUGGAUCCAUAUACACGCUUCAGCUGAGGCUUCCCAAAGCCACCGUCUCUAAUGUGGGAAAAAGGCCAGAUGUGGCUAAGAGACAAAUCUUAAGCCCUGAAACCAGCUCUAAAGAUGAGCAAGAAAGAAUCAGAGAACAGAUCCUGGAGGUUUCUCCAUUAGGUCUGUCUCAGUGGAAAGUGUGAAAAAUUAAAAUACAGGAAUGUGGACUCUAAGGUUUUAACCCUUGUGCUAUCUUAGAUGACCCCACCCUUACAUUAACGUGUUC